AUGGACCCUCUGGACCCCCUUGAGGACCCCCCCAUGGACCCCCCUGACCCCACUGAGCCCCCCUGGGUGCUCAGGACCCCCUGGAGGGCCCCACGGACCCCCGGGACCCCUCAGGGACCCCCGGGACCCCUUGGCCACCCCACGGACCCCCGGGACCACCCCAUGGACUCGUCACGAAACCUUUGGCCACCCCAGUCUCUCCGCACCAUGUCCAGCUCUGCGCCCCCGAACCCCCCGGGACCCCCGAACCCCCCGAACCUUUUGGGGACCCCCUGGCCGCCCCCCCCUCCCCCGCACCGCCUGCGGGCCCUGGCGCACUCCUGGCUGGACGAGGACGCGCCCUGGCCCGACCCCACCGUGGCGCCGCUGGGGAACGCCGAGAUCCGCGCCCACAUCCUCGUCAAAAACCCCGAAACCCCGCGAUUUAACCCCGAAACCCCCACAUUUAACCCCAAAACCCCCCCGUUUUUCGGGGUGCUGGCCGGCUGCCCGUUCGCUGAGGCGGUUUUCGCGGUGUCGGGCUGCUCCGUGCUCUGGAAGGUUCCAGAAGGUUCCCGGCUGGGCCCGGGCCGGGCGCUGCUGGCUGAGGUUCGCGGCCCCGUUUCCGGGCUGCUCCUGGCCGAGCGCACGGCCCUCAACGUCCUGGGCCGCUGCAGCGGCGUGGCCUCCAUGGCCGCCCGGGCCCGGGGCGUCGCCGAGAGCCGAAACUGGGGAGGGGUCGUGGCGGGGACACGCAAGUGCACGCCCGGCUUCAGGGCGGCCGAGAAGUACGCGCUGGGCGUGGGCGGCGCGCAGGGGCACCGUGAGGGGCUGGGGGCGUUCGGCCUCGUCAAGGACAACCACAGGGCCGUGGCCGAGAUGGGCGGCGGGCACGAAGGGCUGAUUGUGGAGGCGCGCCGGGCCGGGGGCUUCACGCGGAAAUUGGGCGUGGAGUGCGCGAGCGCCGAGCAGGCACUGGAAGCGGCCAAGGCCGGGGCCGAUGUUGUCCUGCUCGACAACCUGAGCCCAGAGGAGCUGCACGCGGCGGCCGCGCGUGUCAAGGCCGCGCACCCGCGGGUGCUGGUGGAGGCCAGCGGGGGCAUCGGCCUGGAGAGCCUGGGCAGCUUCCUGGGGCCCCACGUGGACGUCGUGUCCAUGGGGUGCCUGACCCACAGCGCCCCCGCGCUCGACUUCGCCCUCAAGGUGGCCCUGCCCCGGUUCCUGGGGCCCCACGGGGCCGUCAUGUCCAUGGGGUGCCCGACCCACAGCGCCCCCGCGCUCGACUGCGCCCUCAGGGUGCUGGGGAUGGGGGACGGAGCCGAGGAACCCUGA